AUGGAAAAAAUGACCCGAAUGCAAAACGGAGAAGAAGAUAUGAAGCACAUUUUCCGAGUAGUGCAUCCACUGUUGAAUGCACUCGGUGCCUGGCCAACGGACGUUAGGUCUCCUGCGCUUUCGAAGAUAACAAACAUUAUUCAUAUCGUUCUUAUUUACUUCAUAGAAUUCGCGGUCAUUGCACCGGCUCUGCUGUACACAUUUUUGUUUGUGAAAAACACCAGUAUCCGGAUCAAGUUGAUAAUGCCGCACUUAACGCACUUGUGCCAGUUGUGCAAGUAUACUUUUGUCUUAUGGCGGCAUAACGAGAUUCGUGAAUUGUUAAAUGACAUAAGAAACGACUGUUUGAAUGCUACGGAAGAUGAUCAAUGGAUUUACAAGACCAGAGCCACUAUUGGACACAGAUUGAUGAUGUCGCUCAUCAUCUGUUUGUUCAUCGGCGGUGCGCUUUAUCUAACGGUCACUCCAUUUUUGAGAGAAAAGGUUGUUCUACCGGAUAACACGACCAUAAGGCCUUUACCGAGUCCAAGUUACUUUGUUCUAUUCAGCGAUCAAAUUACUCCCAAUUACGAGACGAUCUUUUUUAUUCAAGUCUUCUGCGGGUUCAUCUCUUUCACGAUCUAUGCUGGAGCUCUCGGGCUUUGCACGACGCUUUGUCUACACAUGUGCAGCAUGUUGAAAAUCUUAGGGAAUAAAAUGAGAGAUCUUUCGGGUUUGUCGGAAACGGAUAAAGACAUUGUGCAGGAGGAGAUUGCGGAUAUUGUUGAGUAUCACACGAAAAUCAGAAGAUUUUUUAAUCGCUCCGAACACGUUACAUCGUACAUUUACUUCGUGGGGAUCACCAGCGAAGUGAUAAUCAUGUUAAUAGUUGGAUAUAUCAUUAUCAUGGAAUGGGGAAGUAGUAAUGCCACGGCUAUAGUAACGUACUUUGCAUUGCAAAUAACAAUGAUAAUCGGCAUGUUCAUGACUUGCUUCGUUGGCCAACUUCUUAUCGACGAGGGCAAUGUUGUUAAAAAGAUAUCUAAUACGUUAGAUUGGUAUCAGCUGCCUGUGGAGAAAGCACGCUGUUUGAUCUUAAUUAUUAUUAUGUCAAAUAAUCCAAUAAAAAUUACAGUAGCAAAUAUGGUACAGUUGUCUCUAAUUACGUUCAUUGAUAUCAUGAAGGCAACACUGGGAUACUUCAACGUGUUACGAUCCACCAUUUGA